UGAGAAAGAUUUGUGUUUUCGAGCUACUGAGCGCGACACGUGUGCAGUCUUUCAGAUCCGUAAGAGAAGAAGAGGUACGGAAUCUUAUUGAGUCCACUGGCUCAAUGUCUCACGAGGGGCUUGCCAUCAAUUUUAGGGACAGGUGCUGCAGCUUCACAAGUGGCGUAGUGUCGAAGGCAGCAUUUGGGAAAAAAUGCAAAGACCAAAAGGAGUUCCUUUCGCUACUAGACGAAAUACUCAAACUUGGUAGUGGAUUUGAUAUUCCUGAUUUGUUUCCUUCACUCAGUUUUCUUGUUUUCAUUACUGGGUCGAUCCCUGCUCUCAAAGACAUAAAAAGCAAGCUCAAUACGAUUCUCGAACGUAUCAUCAACGAUCAUAAAAUCAAAAGCAAUGACAAAGCAGUGGAGGAGGAGGAAAAUUUUGUUGACGUACUUCUAAAACUUAAAGAGUCCAACAAGGUGGAGUUCAAUUUCACAACCAAUCAUAUCAAAGAUAUGAUUAUGACAUGUUCUCUGCAGGAAGCGAGACUUCAGCUACUACCUUAGAAUGGGCAAUGUCAGAGUUGAUGAGAAACCCAAGAAUCAUGAAGAGGGCUCAAGCUGAAGUGAGACGGUCAGUCCUCCAAUUUGAAGGGAAAAAAAGAAAAGUUAUUGAAGAAAGAGAUGUUCAAAAAAUGGACUACUUGAAAUCGGUGGUGAAAGAAACUCUGAGGUUACACUCUCCAGCCCCUUUGCUCCCAAGAGAAGCAAGGGACACGGUUCAAAUUGGCGGGUUCGAAUUACCAGUUAAAUCAAAAGUAAUUAUUAAUCUAUGGGCAAUGGGAAGAGACCCAGAGAUAUGGGGGGCAGAUGCUGAGUGUUUUAAGCCGGAGAGGUUUCAAUGUUCUUCUGUUGACUUUAAGGGUUUUGACUUUGAGUUCACCCCGUUUGGGGCCGGCAGAAGAAUGUGUCCAGGCAUGUUAUUUGGUGUUACCAUGGUUGAACUUGCUCUUGCUGAAUUGCUCUACCGCUUCGAUUGGAAACUGGCGAAUGAGAUGAAUCCAGACGAACUUGACAUGACGGAGACCUUUGGAGUGACCUGUAAGAGAAAGAAUGCGUUGUACCUAAUUGCCACCCCACAUUUUACUUCAGUCAAUGAGUCAGAGUGACUCGGCGUUUUGUUGCCAUGAAUGGCCAACAAAACCAGCACCAUUCUGGUGUAUGGCUUUAGGUUUGAAUUUUUCCUUUACAGAAUAAAACAUGUUUUCAGUCCAUCAGUUCAUCCUUGCAGUUUGCAGUUUGCAGAUUGUUUAAAUCCAGGCUUCUUUUCAUUUAGUACUUGCGUAAUAUAAGGCAUGAUUAAUGUAAUGUUAAUUCAAUAUGUCAUCCCUAAGAUGUAAGCUUGUUAUUCAGAUAUGUAUAUAUGAUCAAUAAUACAUGUACUCGUGAGUGUUCUACUGCUA